CUACUCUUGACCAUGACAUCAUAAUUAUGCGUAUCUGACCACACACCGACGCCUACAGUCGCGCGAAAGAAGUCACAUCGUCGCGUGCACACUCGGGCAGCAUGGCGAAGCCUGUGAAGGCUGCGCAGCCUGCUAAGGGUGGCAAAACUUUUGCAAAGCAGAGCCCCGGCACUAAGCGGAAAGGCGAGGCGGCGCCCGCUGGCGGCGCCGCGCGGCCGGCGAAGAAGUUCCGGGCGGAAAAUGGCAAGCCGAAGGCGUCGGAGCCACUGAAGAAGCUAUCAUCGAAGGAGAAACGCGCCACCAUCCGCGAGAAGAAGCUGGCGCACAAGAAGAACUGGGAGGUCAUCCAGGAUGCUGUGUUGCUGUGGGAGCGGCUGCGCCCCAAGGAGACGCCAGACGCAGAGCGCAAGCAGCUGGUCAAUGAUAUCCUGAAGAAGGUCAAGGGUAAGCUGCUGGAGCUGGUGAACCACCACACUGCCAGCCGCGUGAUCCAGUUCUGCAUCAAGCACGGCGGCGAGACCGAGCGCAAGGCGGUGAUGGAGGAGGUGCGCGCCAACAUCGUGGAGCUGUCCAAGUCCAAGUACGGCCACUUCCUGGUGCGCAAACUCAUCAACACAGCCAAGAAGGACGAGGUGCCGGGUAUCGUGCGCCUGUUCCGCGGCCAUGUGGCCCAGCUGCUGCGCCAGCCGUACGGCGCCGACGUCAUCACCGACCUGUAUGACGUGGCGGGCACCUCUGACCGCAAUGCCAUGUGCUCUGAGUUCUACGGCAAGGAGUUCGUGCUGUUCGACGGCCUGGCCGGCGAGGCGGGCCGCCUGCACAGUCUGCAGCAGCUGAUGGCGGGCGCGCCGGCCGCCAAGAAGCGCGCCAUCCUGCAGCACUUCGCCAAGGCGCUCAUCCCCAUCAUGGAGAAGGCGCUGGUGCACCCGCCCAUCACACACAGGCUGGUGAAGGACUACCUGGAGUGCAGCACGGGCAUGACGGUGGAGGAAGCGGUGGAGACGCUGUCGUCCACGGGCGAGGCCGUGCUGCGCAUGGUGCACACGCACGAGGGCGCGGCGGCGGCGUGCAUGGUGCUGGGGUACGGCACGCCCAAGGACCGCAAGAAAGUGGUGAGGGCUAUGAAGGGCCACGUGGCCAAGAUGGCGGCGGACGAGUGGGGCCACGUGGUGCUCUGCAUGGCGCUGGGCUGCGUGGACGACACGGCGCUCACCGGCAAGAUCGUCGUGCCGGAGCUCAAGGAGCUGCUGUCAGAGGGCGUGCACGAGGCCACUGCUGUGCGUGUGCUGAUGCAGCUGCUGGCGCCCGACAGCCGGCGGCACUUCCCGCCCGCAAUCUACGACAUGCUGCACCCGCCGCAGCGCACCGUCAAGGGCAGCACCGGCAAGGCCGUCACAGACCUGGAGGGCGAGGAGGAUGAGGUGCUUGACUUCGAUGUGGGCGGCGACGGCGGCGAGGAGGAUGACGGCGACGAGCUGUUUACGUCCAAGAAGGACAAGAAGGCCGGCAAGGCUGGCAAGAAGGGCGGUGAGGUGGCCGGCGACAAGGCGGCAGACAAGGCCAAGCCCAAGGCCAAGGGGAGAGCGGACCAAGCCGACCAGGACGCGGACGAAGACGGCGGCGGCGAGGAGGGCGUUGAGGAGGGCGGUGAGCGGGUGCUAGGCUCCAGCAAGAAGGACCCGGCGGUGCGGCGGCGUGAGCUGCUGGGCAGCGGGCCCAAGAGCCUGUCGGCGGCACUGACGGCGGUAGUUGCGGGUGCGGCGGCGGCGCUCGUGCGCUCGCCGCACGGCGGCGAGCUGGUGGUUGAGGUGGCGCGCGGCGGCGAGGGCGGGCUGCUGGCGGAGCUGGACGCGGCGGGCGUGGGCGCGGUGCAGGAGGCGCUGGUGGAGGACGCGGCGCGCAGCCCGGAGGAGGUGGCGGAGGCAGCGGGCGCCGGCAUCGGCGAUGACGAGGAGGAGGUAGAGGCGGGGGUUGCGGGGCCCGCGCCAGCGGCUGCCGAGCACGUGUUCCUGAACUUCUUCUCCAGCCGAGCGCUGCGGCGGUUGCUGCUGGCGGCGGCGGAAGAGGAGGACGGCAGCGGCGGCGCAGCGGCAAACUUUGCCAAGCAGCUGUGGGAGCGGGCGGUCAAGGGGCGUUGCAAGCAGUGGGUGGGCACGCAUGCGGAGAAGGUGCUGGCGGCGCUGCUGCACUGCGGCGUGCCCGAGGUGCAGGCUGCCGCGGCCAAGGAGCUCAAGCCGCUGGUCAAGGGCCCUGUCGAGGAGUGGGCCAGCAAGUUCCUGUCGCACAAGGACAAGCCCCACCAUGGCCCCGGAGCGGCGCACGGCAAGGAGCAGCAGCAGCCUGCGGCUGUGACCGCCGCGCCACCCAGCACAACGCCGGCGGCGAAGGGCAAGCAGCAGCCCCAGACGCCGGCGACGGCUGGCGGGAAGCGAGCUGCGCAGGGUCAGGACGUUGGGCAGAGUGGGAAAGCCAAACAGGCGAAGCGCAAGUAGCGGCUGCGCGCAACAGCUGUUGAUCUAGGUGUCGUAGUUAGCACGGAACUGUACAAUGUACAAUUACAUAGGCAGGAAUGGUGUUGCCAGUCGAGGCUUGCAAGAAGCUCUGUCACACUUGUCGCACCCGUGGAGGGCACUGUAACAUAGCUGGCCU